AGCCGACACGCCAUUACCCUGUUCCUAACACCCCCCACUGCUCUCCACAUGCACCCAUUUGCAUUUCCAUACAGAUUGCAGUGUGGCUCAUUGAUUUAAUUUAUGUAAAAAGUUAAUAUUUUAUAAUCAAACAGUAAAGCGUUCUCUUUUUUUUUUUUUCAAAUUUGUUAGUUUUAAUUCUCUGUUGAGAUUCCUGUCCAGUUCCUACUAUAAAGCGUUCAGGAGAUCCUUUUGCUUCUUUCUUGUCCAACCUGAAACUUUUGUUUUCUUUUUUCUUUCUUUCACUCUUUUACAAUUGUGCAGUGAAUAUGGGCUCUGUUUAAUUUAAUCCAAGCAAGCUCAAGUGGGUCAGGUUCUCUUUUUUCUACACUGGAAGAAAGUACUCGUUUUAAAUCGUUGCAUGUGUGAUCUAUGGGUCUGUGUCACUGACUCACAAUCUCUCAUCCUCUAUGGAUUGUGUUAUAUCAAUCAUGGAAAUAAGCCUGGCAUCAAUUAUUCCCUUUUAACUUUUUCUCUGUUUCCUGCUAGUUUUCAGCUCCAAUAUGAUCUCAUAUCAAUAUCAUUUUCCCAUAUUACAACCAUUUUUAUCAAAUUCUUGUUCGUGUUUUCCCUUUCUUAUCUACUUUUCAUUAAAAAAGUUUCCUUUUCUAACCAAUUUGGAUUAGCCUUCUCUCUUUUGCCUCUACAAUAAAAACCCAACUAAAUUUUUUCCCUAAAUUUGUUUUCUUUCUAGUUUUGCGUUUUGCAAAGAAAUUGCUUUAUAUUUGUUUUUUAUUUAUUGUUUUCUUUGCAUUAAAUGUCAAAUGCUAUUAUCAGUUACAGACUUUUAGUCAUUUUCUCUUAUGGGUUGUUGAGUAUUUAGGAAUUAGUACAAUUCACUUGUUCUUGUUCAAGCUGCUCACCAUUAUUACUACCAUAUUAUUGGAACCUUUUAUUUACAUUCUGGGUUGUGUUUAUAUGAUUAAUUUAUUUUGGAUUCUUGGGUUGGUAUAGUUGAUUAUUGCAUAUUCUCGAUUUCUUAGCAGAUAUUGUUUGUGCUGUUUUUUGUCGCUUUUCAUUAAAUUUAAUCAAUAAUAUUAGUUUCAUAAGCUUAAACAUCUUCCCAAUCUGAAUCUUGAGAUUUCCACUUCUCUCUCUUUUGAAUUUUGUGGAGAUUUUACCCUUUCUUGGGUAAAAUACAUCAUCUGGGUCUAAAGUGCAAUCUUUUCUUUCCUUCUCUCCUGUUGAAAUCCAAAUCUUUGAUUCCCUGGUUUCAAUCUGGGUAUUGCCAAACACAUUUCUUUUGGACUAUUUCACCAUUUUUUCUACUAUUUAUAUAUCAGACUCUACUGGGUAAAUCAGACUCAUGCAAAUUGAAGGUCUCUUGAGAAAUGGGCAAUCUUGUUCCUGGAGUGCUACUCAAACUUUUGCAACACAUGAAUACAGAUGUAAAAGUAGCUGGUGAGCACAGGUCAUCGUUAUUGCAGGUGGUGAGCAUUGUGCCUGCACUAGCAGGAGGGGAGCUAUUUCCUAACAAAGGGUUUUAUCUCAAGGUUUCAGAUUCAUCUCAUGCUACUUAUGUAUCUUUACCUGAUGAGCAUGAUGAUCUAAUUCUUAGUGAUAAGAUCCAACUGGGUCAAUUUAUUCAUGUUGAAAAGCUUGAAUCAGCCUCUCCAGUCCCCAUUAUUAGAGGUGUUAGGCCAGUUCCUGGGAGGCACCCUUGUGUAGGGAGCCCAGAAGAUAUAGCAGCAACUCGCUCUCUUGGAUUCCUCAAUAAUAAUAAAGGUAAUCAUAAUUCAAGUUCAGGUUCAAAACAUUUAGAGAAAGUGAAUUCACCUAGGAAAGGGUUUUUUGGAAGUAGUAAUGUAGGAGAGAAAGAGAAAACAGGGGAAGUUAGACUGAAUGGCAAAGCUAAUAAGGAGGAUUUAUCAGAUAGGAAAAAAGCUUCUUUGAGCAGGACAAAGUCUCAAUUGUCGAAACCUAUAGGGAAUUUAGAUUUGAAGAAGGAAACUUUGGCGAAAUCAAAAUCUUCAAGCUCAAGGUCUAUUCCUUCCUCUCCAACAAGUUGUUAUUCGCUGCCUACUUCAUUUGAGAAAUUUUCUAAUGGGAUUAAGCAGCAAGCAAAGGUUAAGGGGUUGGAGAAGGGAUUAAAUAAGUUGGGAGCAAUGGAAAAGUCGAGUUCUGUUCGCAGUGCGAGUCCGACUGUAAAGAGGGUACCAGUUAUCAAGAAUAUUGUUCAGGGGAUUGAGCUUGGGGCCAAAGCUUUAAGGAAGAGUUGGGAAGGGAAUGUGGAGAUGAAGCACAGGGAGAGUUCAAAAUUAAGGGCUGCCAAACACGAUCCAAAGCCUGAAGCUCGGAGUAUUUCUGCUCCUAGAAAAAGCAUGUCAACUGAUAGGUUGGCAUCUAAAGAGGACAAUAAGAUCCAACUAUCAGCCAAAUCCUCUAAAGAGGAGAAUAGAAAUCCGAUAUCUACAAAGAAAGUUACUGCAAAUGGAAAUUUGGAUGAUCAAGAGAAGUCAAAUAAGCUAAGAGCAUCUAUUGGAAAGAAACCAUCAGGAGAUAAUAAUGGAUUUCCAGGAAACUUGGUUAAGGUUUCAAUAAAUAGCAGGAAAUUGACUGAUGGAAGUGUUUCAUGGAGUUCACUCCCUUCUUCUGUUGCUAAGCUCGGAAAGGAAGUCAUGAAGCAUAGAGAUGCUGCACAGACAGCAGCAAUAGAAGCAAUUCAAGAGGCAUCUGCUGCGGAGAGUGUACUUAAAUGUCUAAGCAUAUACUCUGAGCUAACCUCCUCUGCUAAAGAAGAUAACCCACAACCUGCUGUGGAGCAGUUCUUGACCCUCCAUGCAAGCUUGAAAAAUGCUCGCACAAUAGCCGAUUCUCUGUCUAAAAAUAUUACAGUUGAUUCAUCUCCAGAUCCUGAUGACAACCCAUCAGAAGAACUACUAAAGAUCACAUCAGAGAAACGCAAAUGUGCAGCCUCUUGGUUUCAAGCUGCAUUGGCCACCAAUCUGUCAUCUUUUUCUGUAUUUACAAAAGGAACAACUUCAGCUCCCACGCAAGGCCAAAAGACUACCGCUAGUAAUCAACCUGUUUUAGUCCUUGAAAAUUCUUCGAAGAAUCCAUCAACAAAAACUCAAGGGAAAACCCGUCCAUCUGUUGGCUCCAAGCUUGUAGCCACAGGAGCUUUUCGCAAAUCAGGGGAUAAUUCUGCCGUCAGUCAGAAGAUGCCGCACCAACCUCCACCUGAGUGGACCAGAGGAAGCGGCCUUGACGAGGCCGUGGACUUGGCUGAAAUGUUGCAAAUGGAAUCCCAGGAUUGGUUCCUGGGAUUUGUGGAUAGAUUCUUGGAUCCCGACGUGGAUUCCUCAACUUUGUCAGAUAAUAGUCAAAUAGCAGGCAUGUUGACUCAGCUGAAGAGUGUGAAUGACUGGUUAGAUGGGAUGGGUUCAAACAAGGAUGAAGGAGAAACACCCCAUGUUUCAUCAGAGACAGUGGACAGACUUAGGAAGAAGAUUUACGAAUAUCUUCUUACACACGUUGAAUCUGCUGCUGCUGCACUAGGCGGUGGAUCACAAUCAUCAUCAAGGCUCGACAACACAGACGCAAAAACGAAAAGGUAACUUGAUUAGUUUGCAGUUUAGCCAGUGCAAUGCAGCAUUGGUUAUACAUUUAUCAUUGCAAAAUUCCCAUUAUACUUGAGUGCUUAGCCAACAAGUGGGCAAAGAACUUGAGGUGUUCUUAGUAGAUGUAUAUAAAUCCAAUAUGGGUUUGAGGUAUAGAUGGGCUUCCUUGUUAAUUAUGAAAGAAAGCAUUUAGAUUUAGAUGUGAAAUGUAUAGAAUUUUUCUUGUAAAAUAUUUUCAUUGUCAUUUGUUUCUGAAAAUUAUACAAAAUGAACAGUUCAAUAA